AUGAAGAUGCUGCCAUCACUGGGGCUGCUGUUUGCUGCCCUCUCCUUAGCAAGGUGCAUCCCCCUGCAGCAGGCACCCAACCGCAGCAAACUCCUCCUCGUGUCCUUUGAUGGUUUUCGGUGGAACUACGACCAGGACGUGGACACCCCCCACCUGGACACUAUGGCUGCAGAAGGGGUGAAGGCCAAGUACAUGACUCCUGCCUUCAUCACCCUCACCAGCCCAUGCCACUUCACGCUGCUGACCGGGCGAUACCUGGAGAACCACGGGGUGGUCCACAACAUGUGGUUCAACACCACCACGGGUGUGAAGCUGCCCUACUACACCACGCAAGGCAUAAGCAGCUGGUGGGACAACGGCAGCCUGCCCAUCUGGAUCACUGCCCAGAGACAGGGUUUGAAGACAGGCUCUAUCUACUUCCCUGGAGGAAAAGCAAAAUACCAAGGGGAAGAAGUGAACAAGAAGUUGGUGGAGCCUGCCAUAUUCAGCUACAGCAACGAAACCAACUGGAGGCAGAACAUUGACACGGUCAUGGAAUGGUUCACAGUGGACAACCUCGACUUCAUCGCACUCUACUUCGGAGAGCCAGACUCCUCAGGACACAAGUUUGGCCCUGAAUCCACAGAGAGGAAAAACAUGAUCGAGCAGGUGGACAGAACCGUCGGUUACUUGAGGCAGCGUAUCCGGGAAAGUGACCUGGAAUCAAACCUCAACCUCAUCAUCACGUCUGACCACGGCAUGGACACCGUCAUAAAGACCAACGAGAUUCUUAUCCGGACCAUAAACAACUUCACGUUCCAAGACAUCGACUUUGAACUCUUAGAUUACGGACCAAACGGACUCCUGGUGCCAAAGGAGGGGAGAUUAGAGCAUGUGUACUCAGUCCUGAAAAACGCCCACCCGAACCUGCACGUGUACAAGAAAGAAGAGUUUCCGAAGAAAUUCCACUAUGCCAACCACCCUCGGAUCACCCCACUCGUGUUGUACAGCGACCCAGGAUAUGUGAUCCACGGGAGGAUCAAGGUCCAGUUUAAUAAAGGGGAGCAUGGUUUCGACAACGAGGACAUGAACAUGAAAACCAUCUUCCGUGCCGUGGGACCGGCCUUUAAGAAGGGGCUGGUGGUGGAGCCCUUCGAAAGCGUCAACGUCUACGCCCUCCUCUGCGAGCUGCUGGGCAUCACCCCUGAGCCCCACGACGGCUCCCUGGAGGUCACCAAACCCAUGCUGCGAGGGUCGGAGGACACUGGGAGUGAAGGUGGGCACCGGGAGUAG